AUGGGCGGCAAAUUAUACGGUGCUACCACUUUCCAGCAGCGUAAAACUCACUCUAUUAUUACAACACAAUCUACAUCACCAUCGACAAAUUCCCUAAUAACAUCAAUAAUUCCGCCUGAAUUAUAUAUUAAAAUUUGUGAAUAUCUUACACCUGAUGAGUUGUUUUCUUUAUCUCAACUUAUAAACUAUUAUAAAAUUCCAAAAGAAUCAUUAUGUGGGCUUACUUAUACCGCACCAUGUAAUUACAAAAUCUAUUGGAAAGAUGAUAUCCAAGCAGCACAAGAAAAGUAUGCGGCAGCUCUGGAAUCAAAUAAUCUUAGUGAUUAUGUUAAAAAACAAACCAUCAAACUUAAUAAACAAUUAGAGCAAAUAGAAUUACAAGAGUGGGAAUUCAAAAAUGAAAUGGCAAGAUGGAAUUAUCAAAAUACUUUAUUAUUUGAUGAAAUUAAAUUAAGAUCUAGUUGUAUUGCAGAAGAAACUGCCAUCGAAAUGGGUUUAAAUGUUGAAAAGUUACAAGAUUGGGGAAUUUAUUGGUAUCCGAUUGAUGAUCGGCAUUAUCGUGUCAGAAUUUUUCAAGAAGAACAAGUCAUAAAGAAAUAUAAAGAGUUUAUAAGAGUACCUGAACACGAACGUGAAGAGUGGAAAAAACGACAAUUGGAUAUGGUUUUACAGAUUCAGCGAGAUUCGAAUAUGCGUCGAGUUGAAGACGAAUUAGCAAAAGAAGGUCGAAAAGAAUAUAGAAGGAAGACUAUACGUGAAAAAUUUAACAAAAUGCUAAAAGAAACUAAUGAAGAUGGUUCUUUAAAAUACAAUGAGAAUAUUCUUAAAAAUUGUCCGGCCCUUCAUAACGCGUUCAAUUAUGAUACCUAUUUUAGCGAAAGGGCUUGGAAAUUACUUAAAGGAAAAUUAAUUAAGGAACAUAAUAUAAAGAAUAAAAUCAAUGUAGUUUGA